CGCAUGCUUCAGCACAACUCACUCACCCAUAGGCAUAGUAGUCGGUUUGCUCAGCACAUGGAACCUGGUCGACCUCUUCUAUGUAUUCCUACUCACACUACCUGACUGAAUAUCGCAUUCCUCCCAUCCAUACCCUGUCUAUCCUCUUGCUUGCUUCAUAGCAGCACGUCCUUGACUGUCUAGUCCUCUUUGACACUCAUUGUGUAGCGCUACGACCGCCAUCCUCCGAUCGUCUCCAGUUGAGACCACAAAGCGACGUUGCUUUGCUGGGCUUUAUCUUCAGAACCAGUCGCGCAAUGAUACUGCGGUGAUACACUCACACCAGCGCCAUGGCGGCGUAUGCGUCUCCCUCAUCGUUUGGGAGUCAGGCCACUGCACCGUCUGCGGACUCAAUAUCCACCCGGUCGAGUUGGUCGGACACCAGGAAUACAACACCUGGUUCUGCCUCUGAAAGAGUCUUCGCACACAUUAAAGAUAUCAUUCACGACGCGACAACUGGUAUCGAACCCGAUGGUUCGCUCGCCCACUACCUGAGUGAGGUUGAAACCUGUAUUGCGACAGCAAAGAGUUCGGUCGACUUUCGGCGGCCUGACGUUGCGUACAAGAACUACCUUCGCGCAUACGAGAUUGCCGUCGAACGUAUACCAACCCACAAGGAUUAUGGAAUCUGGGAUAAUAACUCCUCUUGGAGUUCGAAAUACAAGGCAGGUUUACGAAGGAUCAACGAACUAUCGAAUCAAAUGGCACAAGUGAGAGGUGUCAUUGAAGAGAACAACCGACGCCAUGGUACACAGCAGCGGUCGGUUUCGAGGAAGCCGGUCUACUCUACGGGCUUUGGGGUGCCUUCGACGGCCUCUUCUGCCUCCUCUGGCAGGACAAACGGCUCCGAGGUGUGGCAAACAGACUCUCGCCCGUCAGCUGAACUUCCAGAUGCAUUGCGCAUCAAUCGGGCACGGCCAUCAAGCAAACCGCCGAAGCCAGAAAGUCUUCAAGGACGACCGCUGAGCGAACAACCUAAUGACUUGAGCCAGCGCUUUGCUCGUUUGAGAGGGCCAGGAAGCUCUAAGGAGGUUGGUCCUAUUCUGACCAUGCCGAACCCGAGUGAUUUUCAAUCAGCUGCCGGCAACGCUCCUCGACCGCAGUCUUAUGCACCUUACGCAACUUCGAAAGUUAACGGUGCUUCCAGUCAUCGAUUGAACGGACCUCGUGAUAUGCCAGGACCUGGUAACGGACCCUCGCUUCCUCCCAAAGUGCCACUGACCACCAACAUGGUCAUGCCGAAGCCCCCGAGCCCGACGUAUAGCCCAAUAACGACAACUUCUAUUGCUUCUCAUGCUAACAGUAGCCGUUUGCCAACUGAAAGUGGCCGUCCUCCACAUGAGAGGAAACAAACUUACUACAAUCAAUCGCAAAAUUCAUCUACGAAUUCUCUGCACAUACAGAGAACCCGCGACGAGAUCCUGUCUCCCUACAGGCCGACCACUCCGAAUGGGAUCAAUUCAGCUAUCGUCGCAAAGAGUAGUUCUAGCGAAAUUCCUCACAGACCCUCGAUAGAUGCACAAACUCUGCUCGAGUAUAUGAAGAAAUAUAAUGUUCUCGUCGUUGAUAUCCGAGAAAGGGUGCUUUUUGAUGACGGACAUAUCAUGUCGAGCUCGAUCAUAUGCAUCGAGCCCAUCUCUCUCAAAGAAGGUGUUUCAGCAGAGGAACUCGAGGAUCGGCUUGUUCUCGCUCCGGACGUGGAACAAACCCAUUUCUCUAGAAGAAAUGAAUUCGAUAUCGUCGUCUAUUAUGAUCAAGAUACAAGCGAUAUCUCAUACUUGAAAGGGCCACCAUCAAUGACAAGAGCUCCUGCGCUGCGAGCACUCUACGACACACUUUAUGAGUUUAAUGACACGAAGCCACUGAAGGACGGACGUCCACCAGCUUUAUUAGCAGGUGGUCUUGAUGCAUGGGUCGAUUUUGUGGGAGCUCAAUCAUUAGCACGUUCUAAAACUGCCGCCAUGCUCGGCACAAUUCAACGAAGACGAGCCGUUGGUCCUGGCCGACCCAUUGCUCGACAACGUCUGGUGUCGGCCAAUUCCCGCUACGAAGUGCGUAAUAGGCGUCUUCGUGACCACAAAUUCCUUGAUGAGAGUGAACAAGAAGCGUGGCGGCAGCAAGCCCUACAGGAGGAGGUCAUGCCAGCCGAGAAAACAAGAGCCGCGAGUGACGAUGAAGAUGCCACCGUUGACGAAGAACUGCCACCUCCGUCUCCGUUUGUGCCUGACUACGAGACAUUCCUCCGUCGUUUCCCGUCAAUACGGCAGCAGGAGUCAAUGAUAAUGCCAGCACGGCGACCGUUAGCGUCGCAUCCAGCUCCGUACCUUCCUCAUGCCGUUGCGCCUGUACCUCAAGUGCCGACAAGGCCACCUCCAGCCAUACCACGACCAAGUUACUCGGGGCAAGCCGACAUCAAUGCUCCCCAGCCUGCGCUUGCGAGAGUCACUUCUGCAAGCCGGCCUCCUCUCUACUCGUCAGCAACCUCUAUCAGAGCCAAGCGUCUGCCAAAGACUGGACUGACCAAUUUCGGCGUCACUUGCUAUAUGAAUUCGACUCUACAGUGCUUGUCUGCUACCAUUCCAUUAUCGGCCUUUUUCAACGACAGGAUGUAUGAAGCGUAUGUCCAGCGGAACUGGAAAGGCAGUAACGGUAUAAUGCCCAAACUCUACGCGAAUUUGGUCCAAGCUGUAUGGCAAGGAGAUAACGAAGUCAUCAAGCCGUCCACGUUCAGAAACUUCUGUGGUCGGAUGAACCGUGAAUGGGUAAUCGAUCGACAACAAGAUGCCAAAGAAUUCUUCGACUUUAUAGUCGACUGCCUCCACGAAGACCUGAAUGUAAAUUGGGAGCGCACACCACUCCGUCCACUGACUACGGCUGAAGAGAUGCAACGUGAACGUAUGGAAAUUGCACGUGCCAGUCCGAUUGAGUGGAAGCGGUAUGAGCACCGGGACCACAGCUUUUUGUCGUCACUAUUUGCUGGUCAGCACGCCUCCCGCCUCAGAUGCUUGACGUGCAAACGAACCUCAACCACAUACGAAGCAUUCUACAGUAUCAGCAUCGAGAUUCCUCGCUCCGGUACAGGGCAUAUAUACGACUGCAUGAACAGCUACUGUAGAGAAGAGAAGUUAUCAGAGCUUUGGCGCUGUCCAUAUUGCAAAUGUGAACGAGAAGCGACCAAGCAGAUAAUCCUCACCCGCCUUCCGCAAUUCCUUGUCAUUCACUUCAAGCGCUUUGCAGCGAGUAAGCAUGAAAAGGCCAAGAAAAUUCACACGCCCAUCGAAUUCCCGCUCCAUGGACUAAGUAUGGAUGACUUUGUCAUUCCGCGUCCGCCGAGUGUUCCGGAUGCAGAAGGACAGAUUGACAUGGCGACCACCCCGCCGUACAGUUAUGAUGCAUAUGGCGUGCUGCGGCAUCUCGGAAAUAGCGGCGACGGCGGUCACUAUAUCAGCAUUGUCAAAGAUCAAGGUCGGGGCUGUUGGCGUAAAUUUGAUGAUGAGCGGCACGUUGACCUGGACCCAAACAAGCUCUCUGCCCGGGAUCGUUUGCAGAAUUCGGAGGCUUAUAUUGUGUUUUAUCAGCGGGCACAAGCGAGAUAGGGUCUCGAUGAUAGCCUGGAUUGGGACAUUGACGGACUUGACACCUAUGACGACUACCUUCCCGUCGAUGAUGAAUCGCCUCUGUGCGGUGAUGACCAAACGCGGCCAACAAGGUCACUUGGCUAGACCUACCUAGGUAUGCAUUGUCUUUUGCGAUCCUAUUACCAUGAUGAGCGAAUAAUGGGAUUUGGGUAUUUGCGCUUUGAGCCUGUCUGUAUCUCUCAUAGCAAUUCAUAGGACAUCGUGAAUAUCAAGCCACGUCGAAGUUUCG